CUUCAGGGUUCCUCGCCAGUAACUCAAGUUGCCAUUCAAGCCUGUGCCUUCCAGCAAAUUACCGAAGAGUUCUAAGACUUAGCUUCAUCACUUAUGGAAUGGAGUGGUCAUGAGGACAUCAGUUAGACAAUGAAUGGAAAGCUCUUAUACUGCCCAGUAUACCAAUCCAUCGGAGUGCACAUUGCAUCUUAAUUUUAUUCUUGAAAGUAUUUGAUUCUCUGCCAGCUUUGAGUCAUCUUCAGACGUGGAGCUGUGAAAUCAGCUGAAACUGAAAAUGUCUGACAGCUUGGAUAAUGAAGAAAAACCCCCAGCUCCCCCACUGAGGAUGAAUAGUAACAACCGAGAUUCUUCAGCACUCAACCACAGCUCCAAACCACUCCCUAUGGCCCCUGAAGAGAAGAAUAAGAAAGCCAGGCUUCGCUCUAUCUUCCCAGGAGGAGGGGAUAAAACCAAUAAGAAGAAAGAGAAAGAACGCCCAGAGAUCUCUCUUCCUUCAGACUUUGAACAUACAAUUCAUGUGGGGUUUGAUGCAGUCACCGGGGAAUUCACUCCAGAUCUCUAUGGCUCACAGAUGUGCCCAGGGAAGCUCCCAGAGGGAAUUCCUGAACAAUGGGCACGGUUACUCCAGACCUCCAAUAUAACAAAAUUGGAACAGAAGAAGAAUCCACAAGCUGUUCUUGACGUUCUCAAAUUCUACGACUCCAAAGAAACAGUCAACAACCAGAAAUACAUGAGCUUUACAUCAGGAGAUAAAAGUGCUCAUGGAUAUAUAGCAGCACAUCAGCCCAACACAAAAACAGCUUCUGAGCCUCCUUUGGCUCCUCCUGUAUCCGAAGAAGAAGAUGAAGAAGAGGAAGAGGAAGAAGAUGACAAUGAGCCCCCGCCUGUCAUUGCACCAAGACCGGAGCAUACAAAAUCAAUCUAUACCCGUUCUGUGGUUGAAUCUAUUGCUUCACCAGCAGCACCAAAUAAAGAAGCCGCCCUACCUUCUGCUGAGAAUUCCAGUACUUUGUACAGAAAUACAGAUCGGCAAAGGAAAAAAUCUAAGAUGACAGAUGAGGAGAUCCUAGAGAAGCUAAGAAGCAUUGUGAGCGUUGGGGACCCAAAGAAAAAAUAUACAAGAUUUGAAAAAAUUGGUCAAGGGGCAUCAGGUACUGUUUACACAGCACUAGACAUUGCAACUGGACAAGAAGUGGCCAUAAAGCAAAUGAAUCUUCAACAGCAACCCAAAAAGGAAUUAAUUAUUAAUGAAAUUCUUGUCAUGAGGGAAAAUAAGAACCCCAACAUUGUUAAUUAUUUAGAUAGCUACUUGGUGGGUGAUGAACUGUGGGUAGUCAUGGAAUACUUGGCUGGUGGCUCUUUGACUGAUGUGGUCACAGAAACCUGUAUGGAUGAAGGACAAAUAGCAGCAGUCUGUAGAGAGUGCCUCCAAGCUUUGGAUUUCUUACACUCAAACCAAGUGAUCCAUAGAGACAUAAAGAGUGACAAUAUUCUUCUCGGGAUGGAUGGUUCUGUUAAAUUGACUGAUUUCGGGUUCUGUGCCCAAAUCACUCCCGAGCAAAGUAAACGAAGCACUAUGGUGGGAACUCCCUAUUGGAUGGCACCUGAGGUGGUAACUCGAAAAGCUUAUGGACCAAAGGUUGAUAUCUGGUCUCUGGGAAUCAUGGCCAUUGAAAUGGUGGAAGGUGAACCCCCUUACCUUAAUGAAAAUCCACUCAGGGCCUUAUAUCUGAUAGCCACUAAUGGAACACCUGAGCUCCAGAAUCCCGAGAGAUUGUCAGCUGUGUUCCGUGACUUCUUAAAUCGCUGUCUUGAGAUGGAUGUGGAUAGACGAGGAUCUGCCAAGGAGCUUUUGCAGCAUCCAUUUUUAAAAUUAGCCAAGCCUCUCUCCAGCCUCACUCCCCUGAUCAUCGCUGCAAAGGAAGCAAUUAAGAACAGUAGCCGUUAGAAGUGCAAGCCUUACCCCUCACCUUUUCGUUAAUGAGUAAGACUGAAAUAAAACUCUACUGCAGAAAACAUGAAAGAAAAGACAGUCAAAUGGGGUGGGGGUUCUUUAACUUUCAAGUGAAUAGAAACUUCUUAUAAGCCUUUUUCCUACUUCCCUCAGAUUAUGUAAUUUAUUUGUAAGCCUGAACUGCAGCCCACACAGGGCAGCAAUGUUGAAGUGGCCUUUAAGUGGUCACUUCCACCGUGAAGCGAAAGAGCCAGUAGUGAAUCCCCUCAUUUUGUGCAUUUCCUUUGAAGAAAAAGAUUUCUCAAAGAUGCACACUCCCUCUUCAUAGUGUUGUGUUUGUUUUUAAGUUAGAAAGUAGUCCCUCUUGAGUUCGAACCUCUUUCAAAACCCUUACCCCAUGUGAUGUUUUUUUUCACUUGCAUUGUCAUUAGAUGUCCUGAAAAAAAGAUGUCAAAAUGUCUUUUUUAAAAAAAAGAAAGUAAAAAAGCAAAUAAAAACAAAACAAAACAAAAACAAACAAAAAUGAAAAAAAAAAUAGAACAAGUGCUGUGUGAAGCUGUGGACGUCUAUGCCCUAAUAGAGUCACAAUUAUUUAUUCUCCUUCUGUAGUGGUGGCUUGGUUUGUGUACCUAUUUUUCUGCAUUUGUAUUGGAAAAGGUUUCCUUUAAGACAUUUUCCAAAAGCAAAGAGGAAUAUGAGUGUUCAGGAUAGGCUUUUAAAUGUGUCUAAACAAAGCUCUAAUUGUGAGAUACUCUCACAUUUCACAUGGAUACUUAUGUAGUAGUUGAAUUGUCAUGUAAAGCAGCUUGUUGGCCUUUGUGAUGACAGAAAAAGGACACACUGAAAAUGUGGUGGCACUGCUGGGUGAGCCCUAAACUUAAAAUAUCUUGAUAGGAGAAACCUUACACAAAGAUGGGACUUUCUCUGAGAGCCAAAAGGAAAAUACAGAACACCUAACUGGGCAGUAAAUAAGCAAAAGAUAAUAGUGAAUUGAAUCCUCUCUUGUGCUCCUGUAACAUAAGCUUUGUACAAUAAGCACAUUUGGAGGAAAUAGAGCCAUUAGCCAACAUUCUUCAAGAUAGAAGUUAUUCAUUUUGACAAUUUGUAACACUUCAGAAUUUUUUAAAUAUCAAGAGAUUAGCGAUAUAGAAAGUAUUCAACUGUAUAAGAAAUGGAAAGUUAGUGAAAGCUACAUCCCCGUUAACACUUGGCUCUAAAUAGUUGAUGCUGAUUUCCCUAUGUAUCUCCAAUCUCUUUAUGAGAGAUAUGAUAUGUUCUUAUUUAGUUACUUGGGCUUUUUUCCUUUAAAAGCCUGUUCAUAAACAUGUUGGAGGUUCACCAAGAAAAUACUUUUAUCUGUAUUUAUAUAUCCCAAGAAAUCAUCCAACUGAAUUACUUUUGUGUCUUGGGGAAAAUUCCAGAACUUGGCUAUUAUUUCACUAUUUAUAUUUAUUAAAAAUUUAUUAGUUAAUCUUUUUUUUAAUCUUCUGAGACUAGAAAAAUAUCUGGAAGGUGUCUACAUAGAAAAGAAUACGCAUCUCUUUUGAGUGUAUAGUCAGUUGUAUUAAUUCUAGAAAGUUGUUUCUCUAAACCUUUGAAAAGCCAACAACCUAUGCUAUACAGCAUUUCUUAAUUUGUAAAGGUAGAGAAUUUGAAUAGAAUUUACCUAUAUUCAGAGGAGAAUGAGAUCAACGGCAUAUGCCUCUCUCCUCUGUGCGGUACAUCUGUCCAUUCAACCACCCAUCCUUUCCUUCAAAUGAAAGCACUUUCUCUGGAGUGUCUGUGAAUCAUAAAGUGCAUAUGUUUAUGUUGAGAAGGUGAUACCACUGGUGGAUUUGCUAUUUUCCUAUAUUAUAAAAUUAAGGAGGGUUUACCCCUUCCCUGAAAAUGUCCGCCAUGGAAUAAAAGACAAAUGUGAAAAGAA